AUGGAAACCCAAUAGAACAACGGAGUACAUGUACAAAAUGGCGUGAAUGGUCAUCAUGAUGAUUCAAAUCCUAAAGUGAACGGAGUUCAUAACAGUGAAUACAUUGAAGCUGAUUUUACAGAGAGAUAUACUGUCUACAGUCAAGAUGAGUAAAAGUACGAAAACGUUUUGAAAUAACACAAGAUCACCACUGAGAAAAGAGUACCCAAGCUAGGAGUCAUGCUCGUUGGACUAGGUGGUAAUAACGGAUCCACUUUAGUAGCAGGAGUAUUGGCUAAUAAGCAAGGACUCUCAUGGGAGACUAAGAACGGAACAUAAUAGGCUAACUUCUUUGGGUCAUUUACAUAGAGCGCCACAGCUCAUGUAGGUUUCAAGAUUGAUGAGAAGUCUGGCUCUCUUGCUGACGUUCAUAAGCCUGUUAAGGAAAUAUUGCCUAUGGUGAAUCCAUGUGACUUUGAAAUAACUGGUUGGGACAUAUCAUAGAUGAAUCUUUAUGAGGCUGCUAGACGUUCAAAAGUUCUAGAACCUGAUCUUCUUAGACAACUUAAAGCACAGCUCGAAAAUAUAAAGCCACUUCCAGCUGCUCUUAAUCAGGAUUAUAUCGCAUCUAACCAAGCCGACAGAGCCGACAAUAUCCUAACCGGAACUAAUUAGGAAAUUGUUAAUAAAUUGAGAGAAGAUAUUUAAUAAAUGAAAAGAAGGACUGAUAAAGUUAUUAUAUUGUGGACAGCAAAUACCGAAUAAUAUUACCUUCCAGAAAUUGCAACUGUUGAUGAUCUAGCAGAUAAAAUCAAAAAUAAUGAUCCACUCCCAGCCUCAGUACUCUAUUGUAUUGCAGCUAUCGAGGAAUAAGUUAUCUAUCUUAAUGGUUCACCACAGAAUACCUUCCAUCCAGGUGUAGUUGAAUAUGCCAGACAAAAUGGAGGGCUUCUUGCUGGAAGUGAUUUCAAAUCAGGACAGACAAGAUUCAAGACCAUGAUGAGUGAUUUCCUAAUUGGCGCUGGCCUUAGACUUUCAUCAGUUGUCUCAUAUAAUCAUUUGGGUAAUAAUGAUGGAAAGAACCUUUCAGAGGACAAGUGUUUCUAAUCUAAAAAGAUUUCAAAGGGAGGAGUGUUAGAUGAUGCAAUCGCUUCUAAUAGUAUUCUCUACCCUGACGGUCAUGCUUCAAUUGAUCACGAAGUCGUAAUUAAGUAUGUGCCAUUCGUUGGUGACUCAAAGAGGGCACUUGAUGAAUACACUUCACAAAUCUUCAUGGGAGGUACUAACACCAUCUCAUCUUACAAUAUUUGUGAGGAUUCUUUAUUAGCCGUUCCAAUUAUGAUUGAUAUGUUGGUACUCGGAGAAUUAUUGACAAGAAUAAAGAUUGAUGGCAAUGGACUUGGCCCAGUACUAUCUUACUUGUCUUUCUUCUUCAAGGCACCCAUUACUAAUCACUCAGAAUAUGUUGUUAACAGUUUCUCCAGACAGAGACAUACACUUAUUAAUUUCCUAAAGGCAGCAGCUGGUAUUAGUCCAGAUGAUCAAACUCUAAUAGGAUUUGGAUACUGA